CGUCUACUUAUACAAACCACGGCUCUCCUCCUCGUCGCCUCAAAUGAUACGUUUGUGUACGUUUCCGCGAAUACUACUCUCGCUUAUGGAUGCACUGGCACAUUUGAUGACCCUUUCGUAUUAGCAUAUAACACUCUUGGUACUUUCCUCUUGAUUCGCUUCGCAUCGUCCAUCCUACCACGCCUUAUCUGCUAUGGCUUUCCGGCGACAAGGACAUCCAUACCGACGACUUGGGAAGAAUGGCCAGACGUCAUACGGACCGCGGAAUAAAAUAAAGACUGUUGACGCCUCUUCACUUCGCUCUACCGAACUCACGUCACAAAAUGAAAAGCUCGAAGCGACGCGUCUCGCCAAAGGCAUCGAUGAAGCUAUGGGCUUUGCCCGGUACGAGGCCGGUAAGCAUCGUGUUGGCUGGCUAUGUAACAUGCACAGUACGAAUGUCGAAGACGAGAAGAUACUGGGUGGGCGAGCAGGCGUGGAUUUCUACUUUAUUGGAGAUGACAGCGAGACCUUCAAGGCUACGGUUGAAUAUGACCCAUACUUCCUGGUGGCGGUGAAGCACAGCCGAGAGCCAGAGGUUGAGGAAUGGUGCAAGAGAGCAUUUGAGGGCCUUAUUAAGACUAUAAAGCGUGUGGAGAAAGAAGACUUGCAGAUGCCCAACCAUCUUCUGGGGUACCGCCGGACCUUUUUAUUACUGACAUUUGCAAAUGUGAAUGAUCUUCUUGCCGUACGGAGGGAAAUCUCUCCAGUGGCUGAGAAGAAUAAAAAGAAAAUGAGCGCGAUGGAAACGUACGCGGAGGUUGCCAGCACGAAUGCAGGCGUCGACGUGUUUGACGAUGAUCAUGAUUAUGAUAAACGACCUAAUGGCAUUAAUGCGAGUGAUUUUAUUGUUGAUAUUAGAGAGUACGAUGUUCCGUACCAUGUUCGUGUUGCCAUAGAUAAAGAUAUUCGAAUAGGAAAAUGGUACACCGUCGAGGCGAAACACGGUGUAAUAUCACUCACAUGCCUUGAGGAUCGCUUGACCAGAGCCGACCCAAUUGUAAUGGCCUUUGACAUCGAAACGACAAAGCUGCCCUUGAAAUUCCCAGACGCUCUUAUCGAUCAGAUCAUGAUGAUAUCGUAUAUGAUUGACGGGCAAGGUUUUCUGAUCACGAACCGGGAGAUCGUCUCCGAAGACAUCUUGGAUUUUGAUUACACCCCGAAGCCGGAGUACCAGGGCCCGUUUAUGAUCUUCAAUGAACCGGACGAGAAGAGCCUUCUGGAGAGGUUUUUCGAGCAUAUAAAGGACGCCAGGCCGACUGUAAUGGUCACUUACAACGGUGACUUCUUCGAUUGGCCAUUUGUGGAGGCUCGUGCUAGCGUUCUCGGCAUUGACAUGUAUCAGGAAAUCGGGUUUCGCAAAAACAGCGAGGACAUAUAUCAGUCGAACUAUUGUGCGCACAUGGACGCGUUUGCCUGGGUCAAUCGUGAUAGCUACCUUCCCCAAGGAAGUCGUGGUCUGAAGGCAGUCACUGUUGCCAAGUUGGGCUAUGAUCCGGAUGAACUCGAUCCUGAACUAAUGACACCGUAUGCGAGUGAGCGACCUCAAACCCUGGCGGAGUACUCGGUAUCAGAUGCUGUCGCGACUUACUACUUGUACAUGAAAUAUGUACAUCCAUUCAUUUUCUCUCUCUGUACUAUCAUUCCCCUUGGUCCUGACGAUGUCUUACGCAAGGGUACUGGUACACUUUGCGAAAUGCUGCUUAUGGUCCAGGCAUAUCAAAAAGGAAUCGUUCUCCCCAACAAGCAUCAAGCUCCGAAAGAAGCAUUCUGGAAUGGUCAUCUACUGGAGAGUGAGACAUACGUUGGUGGACACGUUGAAAGUAUUGAAGCGGGAGUCUUUAGGAGUGAUAUCCCUUGCAAUUUUGCACUCGACACAAGCGUAAUCGAUGAAUUGAUCAAUGAUCUGGAUGAUGCACUCAAGUUCAGCAUCGUGGUUGAAGAAAAAAGGUCGCUGGAGGAAAUCACAAACUACGAAGAAGUCAAAAUGCAGAUCCUAGCUAAGUUGCUUCAGCUAAAAGAAACCCCAAAUCGGAGUGAAUGCCCGUCGAUAUAUCAUUUAGAUGUCGCAUCGAUGUAUCCUAAUAUCAUGACGACCAAUCGAUUACAACCAGACUCUAUGAUACAAGAGUCCGACUGUGCAGCUUGCGAUUUCAACCGACCGGGUAAGACUUGCGAUAGGCGCAUGCCAUGGUCUUGGAGAGGUGAGUACUUACCUGCGAAACGAGACGAGUACAAUAUGAUUCGGCAUGCCCUUGAGAACGAGAAUUUCCCAGGUCGUUCCGCUAAGAGCGCCCCAAGGUCUUUCAGCGAACUACCAGAAGACGAACAAGCAAAGCAUGUCAAGAAGCGGUUACAAGAUUACUCUAAGAAAAUCUACCAUAAGAUUCAUGAGACCACCACAAUGGAAAGAGAAGCCAUCAUCUGUCAGCGUGAGAACCCGUUCUAUGUCAACACUGUGCGGGACUUCAGAGAUCGUCGCUACGACUUCAAGGGUAAACAAAAAGUGUGGAAAGGUAGAAGCGAAGCUCUAAAAGAAUCUGGCGCCCCAGCUGCCGAGAUUGAUGAGGCGAAGAAGAUGAUCGUUCUCUUCGAUUCUUUGCAGCUUGCACACAAGGUUAUCUUGAACAGUUUCUAUGGAUACGUCAUGCGAAAAGGAUCAAGGUGGUAUUCCAUGGAGAUGGCGGGUGUUACUUGUUUGACAGGCGCACGGAUCAUCCAGAUGGCUCGUCAGCUGGUUGAGAGAAUAGGUCGCCCGCUAGAACUCGAUACUGACGGUAUUUGGUGUAUCCUUCCUGCAACGUUCCCAGAGAACUUUGCAUUUAGGACAAACAAUGGUAAAAAGGUCGCAAUUUCAUACCCCUGUGUGAUGCUGAACCAUCUGGUGCACGCCAAAUUCACCAACCACCAAUAUCAGGACCUAGUAGACCCACAGACAUUCAGAUACGACACUUAUAGUGACAACUCAAUAUUCUUUGAGGUCGACGGGCCAUACAAGGCCAUGAUCCUCCCAACUUCGAAAGAAGAAGACAAGAAUUUGAAGAAGCGAUAUGCGGUGUUCAAUCAUGAUGGGAGCCUUGCGGAAUUGAAAGGCUUUGAGGUGAAGAGGCGUGGAGAGCUUAAGCUCAUCAAGAUCUUUCAGACCCAGAUUUUCAAAUUCUUCUUGGAGGGAAGUACGCUUACCGAGACCUAUGGAGCUGUGGCUAAGGUAGCAAAUCGCUGGCUUGACGUACUGCAUUCUCACGGUUCUACCCUGGCCGAUGAAGAGCUUAUCGAUCUCAUUUGUGAGAACAAGAACAUGACAAAGACGUUAGAAGAGUAUGGCGCACAGAAAUCAACGGCCAUUACCACGGCGAAACGCCUUGCGGAGUUUUUGGGCGAGCAGAUGGUCAAAGACAAAGGCUUGAAUUGCAAGUACAUCAUCUCUUCGCGACCUAGAAACGCGCCCGUCACCGAACGAGCAAUUCCAGUGGCGAUCUUCUCUGCUGAAGAGCCCAUCAAAAAGUAUUUCCUGAGAAAGUGGCUUCGUGACGACCCUGGUGACAUGGACCCCCGCGAUGUCAUUGACUGGAACUACUACCUCGAGCGUCUCGGAUCUGUCAUACAGAAACUCAUUACCAUUCCUGCAGCCCUUCAAAAGGUGCGCAACCCAGUCCCGCGAGUCGUACAUCCUGAGUGGCUGGAUCGAAGGAUCAGGACCAAGGACGAUAAGCUUCAGCAAAAGAAGAUGACCGAAUUGUUCGACAAGAGGACUCUAGGCGACUCUAAUGCAAAUACUUUGGGAAAUCGUAUGGUGGCGGACUUUGAAGACUUCGGGGCCUCACAAGGCACUUUGCUUUUGAGAGGGAAGAAGGGAACAGCAACUAAUAUUCCGCAGUCUCAGAAGAGAAAGGCCCCCGAGCCUGUUGUUCCCACCACGAUCGACCCUUACGCAAGUUUACCCAAGGUAAUACCAUCGAUGACUGAAGAUUAUAGUGCAUGGCUGCAGUACCAGAAGCAAAAGUGGAAGAUUCAGAAACAAGCCCGGUCACGAAGGCGUCAGCUCUUCGGCGACAAACGUACUGAUGCAUCAGAUGCUCUUGGUAGUCUUUUCAGGAGUCAAGCCGAACUUCUGUUCAUCAGCACAUGGCAAUUACUCCAAAUUCAAGAGACUCAAACACCAGGCGAGCUCAAAGCAUACGUUUUGAUUGAUAAGAAGGUCCACUCUCUCAAAAUUAUUGUGCCACGGCACAUAUAUUUGAAUCUCAGAGGUCAGGGUCUUCCAGAUGUCUCUAUCGACGGGUGCGCAGUCGAAAAGCUUGUGAAUCACACUCUGCCAAAUGGACAUGCCUCAGUACAUCUGUUUAGACUCACUAUGAGCGAGCAAGUCUAUAUAAAGGAGAGCAAGAAGUUUUCGGCUCUUUUUAAUCAUCCGAGCGUCGAGGGUGUCUACGAAAAACAACUCCCUCUCGGCGUUCGGGCCAUUCUGAAAAUCGGCAGCAUAUGUACAUUUGACGAGAGUCAGAAAGGAGUCCUUGGCAAAGGUCUCGAACAAGGUUUCGAUCUUUCGUCACUACACCGUGUGUCUGCCCAACAACCUUAUCUUACCAGCUCACCGCUCGAGUACCUCUAUCUCUACCAUGUCAUUGCUGGCGAUAAGCAUAUAUAUGCUCUGUUCUCAACCUCCAAGUACACCGCGCAUGUUAUUAUGCUCUCUAGAAACAGAGAAGGACAGAGUCUCCCUAACGUGGACAAGAUUUAUAAGGAAAUGUUCCAGGAGCGUUUGCAGAAGUCGAAAGGACAACCAUGGCAAGAUUGCUUCGAAUAUCAGAGAGAAAUCAAGUUCAAGAUCGUCCAGGUCACGACCCGGCGAAAGGCUCACCUCGAACUUUCAGAUGCUCUUAAGAAGCUGCGAGCAGAUGAGCAUAGUCCUCUAGUCCUCGUCACGCAGUCGCCCAAUCACACGAUGUUAUUGUACGAUAUUCCCAACAUGAAUGAUCUGCCUGUUUUGCCUCUCCGUCCGGACGAAUCAGACAAACAGCUCCCACCCCUUGGCUGGCAGGCUUUUAUCGCGAAGCGGUUAGUCAACCAUUACCUAGACCUAGGUGCGUGGAUUUCUCACCUUGUCGAGCUGUCUCGUUACGGUAAUAUUCCCCUAUGCAAUGUCGAAAGCAAUGACCCUUGCUUUCUAAUUGAUAUUGCAUAUGCACGCCGCCUCCAGAAGGAAAAGGUCGUACUAUGGUGGUCAGCUGGUGCGAAGCCAGAUCAUGCAGGACACGAAAAGGACGAUAUACUCGGCUCACUAGAGACCGUUGAAAUGCCCUUAGUUAAUAACCCAGGCACGUAUUCAUCCGUAUGUAUCGACCUAAACAUACGUAACUUGGCUAUUAACACCGUCUUGUCAUCUUCGGUAAUCAACGAGAUUGAGGGAUCUGACUCGGUUUCAUUCAAUCCUGCGGCCUCGUCUGACGAUAGUGCUAGCAAAUGCUCGAAUGUACUGUAUUCCGACAGUGCCUUUGCAUCAGCUGGCAUCACUGUCCUGCGUGAGAUGCUCAAGUCCUGGUGGCUAGAGGCUGAGAGGGGGAGCUACAUGGCUGAUGUCAUGGUUCAGCAUAUUGUUCGGUGGGUCGAAAGCCCUGCAUCCUUUCUAUAUGACCGUUCCCUGCAUUAUUAUGUGCAGGUAAUGUCUCGAAAGGCUCUGCAACAACUCAUGGGCGACUUCCGAAGGGUCGGAUCACAUGUGGUGUUCGCAAGCGCCAAUCGCCUCCUACUUCAAACUACUAAGUCUGAGGUCGGCAAUGCGUAUGCGUAUAGCCAAUAUAUCCUCAAGACUGUUCAAGCUAAACCGAUCUUCCAAUUCCUCGAUAUUGAAAUUAAAGAGUACUGGGACUAUCUCGUGUGGUACGAUCAUUUUAACUACGGCGGUAAGGGCUGCCAAGAGGUGAUAGAGGCGGAAAGUCAGACACUCGACACUAUCAUGUGUUGGCAACUGGCAACCUUUCUCCCAUCUAAGCUCCAGGAAACCUUCAACAGCUGGGUUGCGGAGUUUGUCGAUUUGAUGCACGCUCGUAAGCGUUCUACUCUCGCGAACGUCGCAGAUGGAACACGUCGUCCUACACAGUUACACUUCCAACCGCUGACUGUUGACCCCAAUGAAGAGACCGACUUCCUACCCAAGACGUUCUUGAAAGCCCUGACCAAAGAUGUCACUAGUCUUCUUCGCCGGCAGCAUAUUGAGCUCAUGCACGCUGAGCUUGCUCCUGACUGGGCAUUUCCCAAAUUACCUGGCUCUCACCUCAACCUCACAGCUCCAGUACUGCAGCUUGUCAAAUCUAUCAUGCAAGUUCUGAGCCUCGACAAGAAGCUCAAUCUGGAAGUAAGAAGAAUCCGUAAGGACUUGCUCGCCCUUUUCGACGUUCGCGAAUUCAGCUCUGAGGCCACAUUCCACAAUCCGAGCGCAACUCUCCCAGUCCGAGGGCUUGUAUGCAACGAAUGCACGGCCAUACGCGAUAUCGACCUCUGCCGUGACUCAGAGCUUAUGCCUCUCCAGAUCUCGAGCGCAGACUCGGCAGUUGGGCCGUCGAUGGCGAAGUGGAGAUGUCACAAUUGUAAUUCGUCCUACGACAAAUUGCGCAUCGAGGAGACACUGGUUGCUAAAGUCGAGCGCAUUGGCCUCGAGUGGUGUACGCAGGAUCUAAAGUGUAGUAAGUGUGCGCGGUUACGGGCCAAUGAAUUUAUGGAGCAUUGUGCUUGUUCAGGAGAGUGGGUAGCCACUCAAAAUAGGGAGGAUAUGAGGAAGAUGUUAAAGGUUUUCGGGAACAUGGCUGGCUUCUACGGUUUAAGCAUGUUGGAGUCGUUGGUAAAUGAUAUGCAAGAUGGGGUGUAAGGGGUAUCGACGACCCAGAUUCGCAUUUUUCGCCGGUAGGACUAAACGUACAGCCACUUACUAGUCUAUAGAUAUCCAGCGUGUUCGAAUGUUGUAUAAUAACACCUUUCGUUUCGAAAACCAAAUACUAGUCGUCUAUUGUAUAUAUCUAGCUAAGAAAAAGACUAGUUCGAAAGAAACAAAGACUAUUAAU